AUGGGAGAAGAAUAUGAAGCAUUAGGUCCAGCUGGAGCCGUACCACCAGCACCACCAACAGUUCAAUUUCCCGUACCUCAACCUCCUUCACCAUUUCCACCUAGUCCUGGACAACCUGAAGUAUUUCAAUUUCCUUCUCAAUCUUCACCAUCAACAUUAGCACCUGGUGAACAGAAAAAACAAUUUAAAAAGGAUGGCAUUGGCGAUAGUGCAAGAAAGGAAAAAAAAGAAGAUGAAGAAAUAGAACAAAGUGCUACCAUCAGUAAUGUUCGUUGUUUGGUGGCAAGUCUUAUCUUAAUUAUAAUGGUAUUUAUUGGUAUUACAUUGGUUAUUUUUUUAAUUGUAUUAUUGUAUACAAAUUGUUUUGGUUCACCAACAUGUUCCUGGCUUAAAGUUUUUAAAUUUUUCUAG